CCUCUCUCAGCGUCGGGAAGCGGGGGCGGCGGGGGGACGCAGCGCCCCGAUCGCGGGCCCGCGGCUGCCGCAGUCUCCGCAGCGCCGGCCGCGGGCGCGCAGCAGCGAGUCCUCUCCCCGCCGGACUCCGGGUUCAGCACCGCGGACAGCACCGGGCGAGGCGCCCCCUACGCGUACAGGGGCCUGCACCGAGCACGCCACCGCCCGCCCCCCCAGGCUCGCGCGGCCCGAGCCCAUGAGCACCAUGCGCCUGCUGCCCCUCGCCCUGCUCUUCUCCUGCUCCUUCGCCCGCGCCGCCUGCGACCCCAAGAUCGUCAACAUCGGCGCGGUGCUGAGCACGCGCAAGCACGAACAGAUGUUCCGCGAGGCCGUGAACCAGGCCAACAAGAGGCACGGCUCUUGGAAGAUUCAGCUCAACGCCACCUCUGUCACCCACAAGCCCAACGCUAUCCAGAUGGCCCUGUCGGUGUGCGAGGACCUCAUCUCCAGCCAGGUCUACGCCAUCCUAGUUAGCCACCCACCUACCCCCAAUGACCACUUCACACCUACACCAGUCUCAUACACAGCUGGCUUCUACCGCAUUCCUGUCUUGGGGCUGACCACCCGAAUGUCCAUCUACUCUGACAAGAGCAUCCACUUGAGCUUCCUGCGCACCGUGCCGCCCUACUCCCACCAGUCGAGCGUCUGGUUCGAGAUGAUGCGCGUGUAUAGUUGGAACCACAUCAUCCUGCUAGUCAGCGACGACCACGAGGGCCGGGCGGCGCAGAAGCGCCUGGAGACGCUGCUGGAGGAGCGCGAGUCCAAGAGUAAAAAAAGGAACUAUGAAAACCUCGACCAACUGUCCUAUGACAACAAGCGCGGACCCAAGGCCGAGAAGGUGCUACAGUUUGAUCCGGGGACUAAAAAUGUGACGGCCCUGCUGAUGGAGGCACGGGAGCUGGAGGCCCGGGUCAUCAUCCUCUCUGCCAGCGAGGACGAUGCCGCCACCGUGUACCGCGCGGCGGCGAUGCUGAACAUGACGGGCUCGGGGUACGUGUGGCUGGUGGGCGAGCGUGAGAUCUCGGGAAACGCGCUACGCUACGCGCCGGACGGCAUCAUCGGGCUGCAGCUCAUCAAUGGCAAGAAUGAGUCGGCGCACAUCAGCGACGCCGUGGGCGUGGUGGCGCAGGCAGUGCAUGAGCUGCUGGAGAAGGAAAACAUCACCGACCCACCCCGGGGCUGCGUGGGCAACACCAACAUCUGGAAGACCGGGCCUCUGUUCAAGAGGGUGCUGAUGUCUUCUAAGUAUGCGGAUGGAGUGACUGGUCGUGUGGAGUUUAAUGAGGAUGGGGACCGGAAGUUUGCCAACUACAGCAUCAUGAACCUGCAGAACCGCAAGCUGGUGCAAGUGGGCAUCUACAAUGGCACCCAUGUCAUCCCCAAUGACAGGAAGAUCAUCUGGCCAGGUGGAGAGACAGAGAAGCCUCGAGGGUACCAGAUGUCCACGAGACUAAAGAUCGUGACGAUCCACCAGGAGCCCUUCGUGUACGUCAAGCCCACGCUGAGUGAUGGGACGUGCAAGGAGGAGUUCACGGUCAACGGUGACCCAGUCAAGAAGGUGAUCUGCACUGGGCCCAAUGACACAUCACCAGGCAGCCCGCGCCACACGGUGCCUCAGUGUUGCUACGGCUUCUGCAUCGACCUGCUCAUCAAGCUGGCACGGACCAUGAACUUCACCUAUGAGGUGCAUCUAGUUGCGGAUGGCAAAUUUGGCACCCAGGAGCGGGUGAACAACAGCAACAAAAAGGAGUGGAACGGGAUGAUGGGCGAGCUGCUUAGUGGGCAGGCGGACAUGAUCGUGGCGCCACUGACCAUCAACAACGAGCGUGCUCAGUACAUCGAAUUCUCCAAACCAUUCAAAUACCAGGGCUUGACCAUUCUGGUCAAGAAGGAAAUCCCACGGAGCACACUGGACUCGUUCAUGCAACCAUUUCAGAGCACACUGUGGCUGCUGGUGGGGCUGUCGGUGCAUGUGGUGGCUGUGAUGCUGUACCUGCUGGACCGCUUCAGCCCCUUUGGCCGGUUCAAAGUGAACAGUGAGGAAGAGGAGGAGGAUGCAUUGACGCUGUCCUCUGCCAUGUGGUUCUCUUGGGGUGUCCUGCUCAACUCUGGCAUUGGGGAAGGUGCCCCUCGAAGCUUCUCUGCACGCAUCUUGGGCAUGGUGUGGGCUGGCUUUGCCAUGAUCAUUGUGGCCUCCUAUACUGCCAACCUGGCAGCCUUCCUGGUGCUGGACCGGCCUGAGGAGCGCAUCACAGGCAUCAAUGACCCACGGCUGAGGAACCCCUCGGACAAAUUCAUCUAUGCAACCGUGAAGCAGAGCUCGGUGGACAUCUACUUCCGGCGGCAGGUGGAGCUGAGCACCAUGUACCGGCACAUGGAGAAGCAUAACUACGAGAGUGCAGCCGAGGCCAUCCAGGCCGUGCGAGACAACAAGCUCCAUGCCUUUAUCUGGGACUCGGCCGUGCUGGAGUUUGAGGCUUCGCAGAAGUGUGACCUGGUAACCACGGGCGAGCUCUUCUUUCGCUCUGGCUUCGGUAUUGGCAUGCGCAAGGACAGCCCCUGGAAGCAGAAUGUAUCCCUGUCCAUUCUCAAGUCCCAUGAGAAUGGCUUCAUGGAAGACCUAGACAAGACGUGGGUUCGGUACCAGGAAUGUGACUCACGCAGCAAUGCUCCUGCGACCCUCACUUUUGAGAACAUGGCAGGGGUCUUCAUGCUGGUGGCCGGGGGCAUCGUGGCUGGCAUUUUCCUGAUUUUCAUUGAGAUCGCCUACAAGCGCCACAAGGAUGCGCGCAGGAAGCAGAUGCAGCUGGCUUUCGCAGCAGUGAACGUGUGGAGGAAGAACCUGCAGGAUAGAAAGAGUGGUAGAGCAGAGCCCGACCCUAAAAAGAAAGCCACAUUUAGGGCUAUCACCUCCACCCUGGCCUCCAGCUUCAAGAGACGUAGGUCCUCCAAAGACACGAGCACCGGGGGUGGACGCGGCGCUUUGCAAAACCAAAAAGACACAGUGCUGCCGCGACGCGCUGUUGAGAGGGAGGAGGGCCCGCUGCAGCUGUGUUCGCGUCAUAGGGAGGGCUGAGACGCCCGCCCGCCUGCCCUCCUCUGCCCCCACCCCCCGCAGACAGACGCCCGGGACAGCGCCCGCCCCACGCAGAGCCCCCAGCACGACGGGGCCGGGGAGGAGCACCUCCAGCCUCCCCCAGGCUGCGCCUGCCUGCCCGCCGGUCGGCCGGCUGGCCGGUCCACCCUGUCCCGGCCCCGCACGUGCCCCCGGCGUCGGGGCUAACGGGCCGCCUUGUCUGUGUAUUUCUAUUUUGCAGCAGUACCAUCCCACUGAUAUCACGGGCCCGCUCAACCUCUCAGAUCCCUCGGUCAGCACCGUGGUGUGAGGCCCCCGGAGGCGCCCACCUGCCCAGUUAGCCCGGCCAAGGACACUGAUGAGUCCUGCUGCUCGGGAAGGCCUGAGGGAAACCCACCCGCCCCAGAGACUGCCCACCCUGGGCCUCCUGUCCGCCCGCCUGCCCUGCUGCCUGGUGGGUAGCCCCUGCUGGACCAAGGUGCGGACUGGAGUGGCCGAGGACGGGCCAGAGCUGAGCCGGCUGGGCAGGGCCACAGGGCGCUCCGGCAGAGGCAGGGCCCUGGGGCCUCUGAGCAGAGGCCCUGGGUGGAGGGGCUCGAAACAGAGCUGGCAACCCUAUCUGGCCACCCUCCUGAGCCAGGGUGAGGCCUGUGGUGCCAGCUGGCGGGGGGCCCCUUCCUCUAGUGCCUGCUGGCUGCAGCCUGAGCUCCACCCUCUCCUCUUCUUGCUGCACUCCCACCCGUGCCCCUUCUCCCCGACCCUCGCCUGCUGGGCUGGCGCUGCCAGUCCCCAUAGCUACUCCUGACUCCCCUAGCUGGCAGCACCUCUUGGGGCACUCAGGGUCUGCAGUGCCUGCGCCUCCUUCAGACUCCAAGUGGGCGGAGCCUUUCCUUUGCCCGCAGCCCGCGCCACGCAGGCUCUGGACUGUUUCAACCCUGCCCUGCACCCUGGGCGCAGAGGAGCGCUCCCCGAGCCAUCCUCCCCCAGCCUCAGGUGCUGCCUGCAGCCUGCUGCCUGCCACCUGGCGCAGGUCCAACCCUCCCGUUCCGAGCACGUGCCUUCCCCUGCGACCCGCGUGCACCGCCCCCCCCCGCCCUGUGUGCAGUGGUCUUGCCUAAAGGAAUGUCUCGAUAUUUUCAA